AUGCAUCCAGACGUGGAACAAGAGCUGGCCUACACGCUCCUAAUUGAGCUAAUGGCUCAUCAAUUUGCAUAUCCAGUAAGAUGGAUUGAAACUCAAGAUCACAUCUUAGGAGAAGUCAACGCAGAGAGAAUUAUUGAAAUCGGACCCUCUCCUAUCUUGACAAAUAUGAUGAAAAGAACAAUUGCUUCCAGAUUUUCGAACAGUGAUCAAGCUCUCAAUAUUAAUCGUCACCUUAUGAGUCCUGACAAUGGAAACCCUGACAUCUAUUAUAAAUAUGAGCCUACCGAGGAGCCUGAUUUGCCUGAGUUGGGAAGCCAGUCAAAUACGGUCAAAGUUAGCGGGAGUCCUGCUUGGGAAGUUCAACGGCCAGUAACAGCUUCGCAUAUCCCCUCGGGUCCGGUAGAUGAGAUUGAAGACACAAAAGUCCCAGUUUCGGCUAUUCUGAUAAGUCUGCUGGCGCCAAAGCUGAAGAAGGAUCCCCGAGCUAUUCCCAUGACUGGCACUAUCAGCAAUCUUGUUGGAGGCCGUUCAACCCUUUCAAACGAGAUAGUUGGGGACUUGCUUGCCGAAUUUCCCAAUCGAGUACCCGACAAACCUGAAGAGAUGCCGUUAAGCUCACUGAGUGAGACCCUCAGUACCAGCCACGAUGGGCAACUCGGCAAAGCCACAUCGGCUCUUGUUAUGAAGAUGGUCUCAUCAAGGCUUCCCGGGGGUUACAGUCUAUCAAAUGCACGUCUAUAUCUGCGCGAGAAGUGGGGUCUGCCCCCAAGGCGGCAGGAUGCUGUGUUUCUACUUGCGCUUCAAAGACAACCGACCAGUCGUCUCUUGAGUUCGACCGAUGUGGACUCAUUCUUGGACGCAAAUGCCGCUGCGUACUUUGGGCAAGAAAAUCUGAGCAUACCAUCUCGUGGAUCUGUGCAAUCAGCCGCGCCAGCCGUCGAUGCAAAAGCCUUGCUGUUGGCCAAGCAACAGAACGAUGCUCUCCUACGAGAUAUAAUGGGCGUAAUCCAGGGACAUACUGCAGCCAAGAACGAAUCACAAGAUGCCACUUUACAAGCUUCCGACUCAGAGGCUGCGGCCACCAAAAAGCUUGACAUGUGGAUAUCUGAGCAUGGAGAUGACUAUGCAAAAGGCAUGGCGCCUAUCUUUGACGCAAAGAAGCAGCGAAUCUAUGAUUCAUACUGGAACUGGAAUGCACAAGAUACUAUCUUGCUUUUCCAGCGAAAGCUACAGGGGCAGAUGAGCAGUGUCAAAGAGCUGGAACAGCUGUCAACGAGCAUCGUCAAUCGAGCCUGUGGCAGAACACUGGAGCAGCUCGACUACAUCAUUGCCCAGGCCGAAAGAGACCCUACUGUGGAUUCUGGUCUUUUGAAACCAAUGCAACUACUAAGACAGACUUGUGUCGAAACCCAGGAGCGGCAACCAGUUUUCAUCAACUUGUCCCCUGAUAUGGCUCCUCUGACGACCAUCAGUUCAGACGGAAGGCUGAUAUUCAGCGAGAUACCUCGCGCUUUACCUUGUUCAAAGAUUUUAUCGACAAAUGAGGCGUCCAGCAUUGCAUUUCCAGUUAGUCGAGCUGAUGGUGUUGCUGUCAGUUACUCGCCACAGUUGACUGAGAUAUUGUGCCAUGACCUGAAAGACAGUCGACGCUCGGGGUUUUCGUUCAGCGGAAAGAAUGUGCUUCUUACUGGAGCGGGAGAGGGAUCCAUUGGAAACCAUAUUCUUCGUCAUCUCCUCGCUGGAGGAGCGAGAGUUACUGUCACAACUAGCAGCUUUUCAGAAAAGGUCACUGCUAUGUUUCAGAGCAUCUACGCUCGUCACGGGUCCAAAGGAUCUGUUCUUCGAGUGGUUCCUUUCAACCAAGGUAGCCAUGGCGAUGUGCAAAACCUGGUCAAGUACAUAUACGCGGAUGCAUCAUGGGACCUCGACUUUAUCCUGCCAUUUGCUGCCAUUUCAGAAAACGGGAGAGAUAUAGAGGAUCUCGACUCAAAGUCGGAAAUUGCCCAUCGAGCCAUGCUCACCAAUCUUGUCCGCCUUGUUGGCGCUGUGGCCAGCCAAAAGAGACAGCGCGAUACUAUCACCCGUCCAGCUACAGUUGUGCUCCCAUUAUCGCCCAAUCAUGGCCUUCUGGGAAAUGAUGGGCUAUACUCAGAGUCAAAGAGAUCUCUCGAGACCCUUAUCCCCAAAUGGUCAUCUGAGACUUGGGGCAGCUAUAUCGCUCUAGCGGGUGUCAUCAUCGGCUGGACUAGAGGAACGGGACUGAUGGACAGCAACGAUGUCAUUGCCCAGGCCGUUGAGUCUCUUGGGGUUCGGACCUUCUCAGCCGUCGAGAUGGCAGCAAAUAUUGUUUCAGUCAUGGGCGGAAGAUUCAACGCCGAGUGUCAAGAAACUCCCAUCAUUGUCGACAUGGGUGGAGGUCUAGGGAGUGUCAAGAACUUCAAGGCCAAGUUAACAAGUGCCCGCCAAGAACUCAAUGCCUAUGCAGAGCUGAAGAGACUCACGGCACAGGAAUCAAGUAGGGACAAGGCCUAUGUUGCGACAGAUGCACAUGCCAAGACUAGUAAGCGUCUCCGAGGCAGAGCCAACAUUCUGCUCCCCUUACCUAAGAACCUCAACUAUGAGGUAGACAUUGCACCCUUUGCCGCGUCUCUUGAUGGCAUGGUGGACUUGAGUCGCGUUGUGGUAAUCACAGGAUUUGCCGAGCUGGGACCACUCGGCAAUAGCAGAACCCGCUGGGAGAUGGAAGAGUCUGGCACCUUGUCUCUCGAAGGUUGCGUCGAGAUGGCCUGGCUGAUGGGUUUGAUCACGUAUCACAAUGGUAUUGACAAGAAAGGCGACCAUUACUCUGGAUGGGUUGAUACCAAGACGUCGGAUGCCAUUUGUGAUGAUGAGAUUCCAGGCAAAUACCUCGAGUUCAUGGCCAAGCACUCUGGGAUCCGGGAAGUUGAGCCUGAAAUCUCAGACAAUGGUUACGACCCGAGCAAGAAGGAGUCUUUGAUUGAAGUUGCUCUACAGCGCGACCUCGCCCCAUUCGAGACAUCAAUUGAGACAGCCGAGACCCUCAAACGACAGCACGGCGACAAAGCCAUCGUGACACAAGAUGCUUCGAGCGGGAACUGUCAGGUGCAACUCAAAGCUGGCGCAGUUGUCAUGGUGCCACGAGCAUCGCGCUUCAAUCGGACUGUGGCUGGUCAGAUACCUUUGGGUUGGACGGCAAAGCGAUAUGGCAUCUCAGAUGAUAUAAUUGAGCAGGUCGACCCAGUGACUCUCUUUUCUCUCGUAUGCACUGUUGAAGCCCUGCUGUGCUCAGGCAUCAUCGAUCCAUAUGAGUUCUACCAGCAUAUUCACGUGUCUCAGUUUGCCAACUGCUUGGGCUCGAGCAUGGGCGGGUUGACAUCACUCAGGAAGAUGCACCGUGAUCGUUACCUAGACAGGUCAGUCAAGAGCGAUCUUGUCCAAGAGACCUUCAUCAACACCACUGGAGCUUGGAUCAACAUGUUGCUGAGCUCGUCAUCAGGUCCUAUAAGAACCCCCGUGGGAGCUUGUGCGAGUUCUCUUGAAUCCCUCGACACGGCUUGUGAUCUCAUCAUGCUCAAGAAGGCCAAAGUGUGUCUUGUUGGAGGGUUCGAAGACUUUGUCGAAGAUCUGUCGUACGAGUUUGGCUGUAUGAAGGCCACCUGCGAUACCGAUGCUGAGUAUGCUGCCGGAAGAGUGCCAAAGGAGAUGUCACGCCCAACAGCCUCGUCGAGGAGUGGUUUUGUCGAAUCCCAAGGAUGUGGCGUUCAAGUACUCACGUCAGCGGAGCUAGCUCUUGAAAUGGGGCUGCCCAUCUUUGGCAUCGUUGCCUACACGAGCAUGGCGGCAGACAAGGCUGGACGUUCCGUGCCGGCCCCUGGCAAAGGCGUCUUGACCAACGCGAGGGAGAAGUCGACCAUUCCGAACCCGAUGCUGAGUCUGGGCUAUCGAAAGAGACUGCUUGAGUUACGCAGGACCCAGAUCUAUCAGAAUAUCUCUGAUCACCUAGAUAUUCUCAACUCUGAAAUAGCCUUGUUCCAGGAGAGCGAAACUGCCAGCCCCGGUGACUUGAAAGCAUUCAGAGAGAACCGGGAGCUGCGUAUCAGGCAAGAUGCGCAAGCACAGGACGCAGAAGUGACAUUUAGUCUCGGGAACCAGUUUUGGAAGAGUCAGGACGCUGGAGAUAUCUCUCCUAUCCGAGGGUCUUUGGCCGUCUGGGGACUCGGUAUUGACGACAUAUCAGUGGCCUCGCUUCAUGGCACAUCGACUGUCCAGAAUGACCUCAACGAGACAAUGGUGAUUCAGGAGCAGAUGAAGCAUCUGGGUAGACGCCAGGGCAACCUUCUCCCUUGUGUAUGUCAGAAGUGGUUGACAGGCCACUCCAAGGGCGCUGCAGGCGCCUGGAUGGUUAAUGGCUGUUUGCAAAUGAUGAAUACAGGCUUGGUUCCUGGGAAUAGGAACGCCGAUAAUGUAGAUGAAAAGCUACGAGAACAUCGCCACCUUGCAUUCCCAAACACCAAUCUCCAAAUGGACGAUAUCAAGGCAUGCUCGGUAACCUCGUUUGGCUUUGGCCAGAAAGGCGGCCAGGCAUUGCUCGUACAUCCUCGAUAUCUCUUUGCGACCAUUGGUAGAGAGAGAUAUGAUGGAUACAUUAGCAAGCGCGAUAAGCGAUGGAGGAAAGCAUGUUUUCGCCUCUCGGAGGCUAUGGUUCAGGGUAAUAUGGUCUCCAAGUGUAUCAAGACUGAAGCUCCUUACACAUCAGCCGAUGGGGUCGCCGCACUGCUUGAUCCUACUGCACGUUUCUAG